AUGCCCCUCCUCAACUUCUUUGGCUUUGGAACCGCAAAUCACAACAAGACCCCCACCGAUGCCUUUGUCUAUGAAACUGAUGGCGACGACUUCGAUGACGAUGGCGAGGACAGCAGCAAUGACGCACCUUACACCAGACCUGGUAGAGCAGCAGCUCUGAGCCGGAGCUCGCGCAUACCCUCAGCCAAGACUUUGGCCAACAGCACUCUUGCUAGUCUUCCAAAGCUGAAAGCAGAACUACAAGAAGCGGCCAAGAAUGUUCCCAAAUACCUCUUCCGCAUGUGGCACAAAGGCUCUGGUCAUGACUACAGACUCAACAGUGCGGUCAAAGUCAUUCCUCAUGCAUUCUUCCAAAAGAAAGGGCACAAAUCAGUUUACGACAUGACCUACGACCAAUUCCUCAACAAUGCCAGGGCGCACGUUUCAGGCCACAGAGCCCCUCUCUCGGAGUUCUCCUCAUGGUCUCAAUCACCGUACUUUGCUUUCAACUAUGCUAUGCAUGUCAAAAGAUCACAUAACACAAACAUUCACGUUGCCAUCAUCGAUGCUGAGGCGCUGAUUUCAACCAAUUCGGCUUUCAACGUAGCAGUUCUACAUAAGAUCUUCAAAGGGGACUUCUCAGCCGAGUAUCAUGAGGAAUACCUGGUUCAUGGCAUCGUACAAGGUCCAUUCUACAAGGCUGUGCCUUUCGAUCAGCUAUGCAGUGCAGGUUUGUUGACGUAUCUGCCAAGUAUCACUCAGUCUGCAUAUCCCCUGACCAAGGGUGGAUUGACACGACUUUUGCCGCGGGGCCAAAAACCUUUCAAGAUUGAUGAUCUCAUCAAACUGAUGAAGAUUGCUCGUCUCUACGGCGCAAGCUUCACUGUGCCCUUCGCCAUCACUCUCUUUUGCUGCAGAAAAUCUCCCAAACUCUGGUCAACUCUUACGAUCAAUGAUCUGCAAAGAAUGGUAGACAUACUCGGUGGCCGGAACAAGGUACUUGAGGUCUGGGGCGAGUCUCAAAAUGUCCUCUUCGACGGUACUUAUCCCAAAGGAUAUGAGGCCAACAAACAAAUGAUUCGUGUGAUGCGUGCUUUGACGCACUUUUGCUGGGGCCAAGAGACCGGCCAGAAGCCUGUCAACCAACGUCUCGUCGCUGGAAAUUCAGUCUCUGCCGCUGAUGAGGAAGAAAUUACUUCUGGAAUGUCUUCUGUGCAUGUAACCCCUGCACCUAGCAAGAAUUUCGCAGCUGGUCCUCCAUCGGGUGGUCCACAGCAAUCCCGCAAAAGAUCCCGAGUUGAAUCCCUCUCGCCAUCUUGCGCAUACAGCUCUCUUUUGGAGCAAGUCCCUGUUGCCUGUCCCAUUCCGUCAUCGAGAAUCUCAAGUCCAUACGCACAGUAUACAGGAGAUCUGAGAAGUGCUAGCUUCCCAGUCCAUUCUCUAUGGACCCAGAUUGGAACGUCUGACCCUACACGGCUCUCUUCCUACAUCGAGCCAAACAAAAUCGUUAUGGUAUCGGUCAACGACGAUGACACUCUACGCUUCCAGAGUCUUCCAAUUGACAAUACCGAAUCUACCAAGAUUGGGCCUGUCGAGUUUGCCUACGGCAAUAGCAAAGAUGGUGAAAUAUUGUGGUUCGCACGCAUACCUCCAAACCUUUUGCUCAAGAUCAAUGGUGAAUUGCUC